UGUUUGUUUGUUUUAAAACGGACGGCGGAACCGAGGACUAUAACAACAACCCCUCUUUUAACUUUGAAUUUUACGUCUGGCAGAUAUUAUAUUUUUAUAAGUGUCCGUUAUCUCCGAAAAUGCCCUGUUGUGUUGCAGUUCAUCCAUUUGCUUAUAUACAUCAAAAGGUGUAGCUGGCGAAGCUAAGCUGAGAUUGAUUAGCUCCACCAGCUAACGCUAGCUGCAUCAGGUAACCGCGGACUACACCCUCAACAUGGAUGCCGAAAUCGAGUUUUUGCGUGAUCAAGUCAAUAGGUUAAAUUCUGCACUCAGCCAGUAUCAAUAUGGGCAUCACGAUCAAUCCACAUCAUCUCAGGUUGAGGAGGCAAGGUGUGCCGAGUCUCCUGCACCCUGGAUUGCAGACAGAAGUAUAAUGGCUCCUCUGAUAGCAGAGUAUGAACGGCACAUGGAUGCAAUGACUGAGCAGCUGCAGAGAUACCAGGUGCAGAUGACAGAUGUCAAAGUGAAGUUGGAGAGAGUCGUCAAGGAGAACGAAAGGCUGCAUGCAGAGCUGAGGGAGUCUGUUGAGAAGCAGCUGCAUGUUCUGCCGGCGGCUUCGGGAAUGGAGGGCAGUGCACUGGAGGAGGAAGCAGUCAUCAGAAACCUCCAAGAACAGGUCCAACUGUCCGAACAGGAGAGGAUGCAGGCCAUGGAGCUAUGGCAGACGGCAGCCCAGGAGCUAGACCGCCUCCAGCAGGUCUACCAGAAAACCAUCUCUGACAGACAGAUCCACGAUGCUCAGAGACAGCAGCUCAAGGAUCAGCUUGUUCAGUUCCAGCAGCACUCACACAAACUCCAAGUGGCCAAUCAGAAACUGGAAUCGACCAACCAGCAGUUCCUGAAGACGGUGACAGAGCAGAGCACAGAGAUGGAGGAGCUACACAGCCAGCUCAGGCAAACCAAGGUUGAACUGAGGACGGCCACAGCAAAAGUGGAUGAGAUGACCAAAUUGCUGCAGAAUCUUCAGGAACAGGUGCAGAGACGGGAGGAAGAAGUGGCAGAGACUCAGGGCCGAGAGGAUGCAGCAGACAGGCGGCUCCAACAGCUCCAGGCAGCCUUGAGCCAGCUAGAGGCCAGGUUAAAGGCUACAUCUCAGGAGGCAGAGUCUGUUCGCAGAGAGCAAACUGUGUGGGAGAGAAAGUUGGGGGAACUCCAGGCACGUUGCACCACCCUAGAGGAGGAGAAAUAUGAGGCCUUGGCCAAAGUCAGAGAGAGCGUUCAGGUGGCUGAAGAGGCUGCACUGCAGAAGGACCAGGCCUUGUUAAGAGAGAAACAAAGGAUAGAAGAGCUAGAGAAGACAAAGGAGGCCAUCAAACAGUUGAUCCAGGAUGCUGCAGUCCGCACCAGAAAAGAGGUGGAAAAUGUGCGCAAGCAGUGCAAUGUUCAAAUUCACCGUAUGGCCGAGGAGCUGUCUGCACUGCAGUUGGAGUGUGCAGAUAAAGAGUCUCAGAUUGAAAGGUCUCUGCGAGAGAGAAAAGCUGUAGAGGAAGAACUGGAGAAGGUGUAUAAGGAGGGCAGGGCAGAGCCAGAGUUCAGGAAGAUUGAUGCUCUUCAUCAGAGGUGUCUGAAUGCAGAGAGGAUGAAGGAAGACAUGAGCCUCACUCUACAAAGCACCCAGAAUAAACUAAAAAAGAUGGACAUGGACUACAGUGAGGAGCUGUCCCGGUGUCAGGAGGAAGUGCGGCGGCUACAGUGCUCUCUGGCUGCAGCCCGGGACGACUGUGUUAGUGUCAGUGAGGAGCGGCUCCAUCUGCAACAGGAGAACUUGCAGGUCCGUAGGGAGAUGGAUGAGCUGCGCAAGGCUUCCCUGCUGGUCCAAAAAAGGGCCAAACAACAGGUAUCACAGAUGGAGCAGGAGUACAGCCUGAAGGAGCAGGGACUCGACGCACGGGUGAGGGAGCUUGAGGAGAGCAGCCGAAGCUCCAGUGCUGAUCUGACACGACUCCUCACAGCACAGCAGAAAAGCAAUCAGCGCUGGAAGGAAGAGGCAAAGAAUCUGGUCCAGGCCUUUGAGACUAAAAUUGCAGGCCUCAAGGCAGAGCUGAAUCGGCAGAAGCAGCGCUCACACGAGCUAGAGAUGCAGCUCGAAACUGACCAUAAUACCAUUGCUGAGUAUGAGAGGCAGCUUUCAGAGUAUCAAGAGAAGACAAAUCGUCUCCAGAGACGAUUGACACAAGCUGAACAAAGGGCAACGACUGCAGCACAACAGCUGAGCAUACUGGCAUCGCAAAGAAGGAAAACAGCCAUGGUUGAUCCAGAGACUGUAUAAUGGUUACUUGUCACUGUGUUAUUGGAAAAAUGAUGUAGCAAUGCUUUGUUCCUUUUGUUAAUAUGAUAUGAACAUUUUGGCCAAUGGCAUAAGACAGCAAUGCUUUUGUCAGUGCUGUGGUGAUUAAAUGGCAGCAACAUACUCAAUUGUUGUUCCAAAGGUUUUCUGGUGUAUUUUAUAUGUAAUAUUUAGUAUGUAAAAUGGCCCCUUUUUAUAAUUUCAAAAUAAACACCUUCAAAAUA